AUGUCUACAAAUAAAAAACGUAAAAUUGACGAGGAAAAUAGAGGAUUUAGAAGUGAGUGGACUGAUACUUAUGCAUUUGUCCCGAACAACACGGGACAGCCAAAAUAUCUUAUUUGUGACGAAACUUCAAAAACAAUAAAAAAUCUAAUAUUGAACGUCUUUUUUUAUCUAAACACGAUUCUUUUGUCGGCGUCUAAUUUGACUGCAGCUAGGUUUGUUGUAUCUCACGAAAUCAUGAAAUCUGGAAAACCAUUCACUGAUGGAGAAUAUAUUAAAAAAUGUUUUAUUGGUAUGUCAGAACAUCUCUUUUCUGAAUUUAAAAAUAAAACAGAAAUAAUCAAUAAAAUAAAGGAUAUUCCGUUGUCGGCAACUACUGUUCGUGAUAGAGCUGUUAAAAUGGCUGAAAAUGUCACAGAACAACAGUUUUCCGAUUUGAAGUCAUCACCAGUAUUUUCCUUAGCUUGUGAUGAAUCAUGUGACGUUAAAAACAUCGCUCAACUCACUUUAAUGGGACGGUAUGUUUCGUCUACGGGUGUUUAUGAAGAAUUACUGGGUUUUUCUACCGCUCAAAGGACAAACUCGAGGAGAGGACAUUUGCGCUGCAAUUACAGAAUUUUGUAA